UCUGCCGCGAUAAUAAUUGCCGGGACCAGCGUAUCCCAGAUCAGCCCAUUAUUCUUCAUCUUCUUAGCUCUACGCUGAAUACGGCAACAAAGGAAAAGCCUGGGCAGGGGAGGCAACGGCACAAAGACGGUGCCUGGUAUUGCUGAGUACCGUCACGGAGCAGGUACUGUUCAUGACGUGUUGGCAACGCCAGGAUCCGUAGUGGUAGGCAUAUAUUCAUGGUACUCCAGCCCGUAAAUACAGGUAUUGCGCUUGUGCACAUGUCGUGCUGACUCAGCCGAGCCUGCAUUCUAUUCUAUCUUUUUGAUAACGAAAGAAUGCCCCGUCUGGGCUUCAUCUUCCCCUGAACAACUAACUCUCCCUCAAAGUGCUGUCGACAUCCCCACAACCCUCCGUAGUCGGUCGACUCCUUCGUUCCGCCAAAGUCACCAUGGGGCUCCUUGCGGAUGCUAUUGUCCGCAUCUGCGCUCAUUGCUCUGCCGCGUCUCUCUGGGUGAUUCUGCUCUCCGGUUUCGCAACUUUUAUUGCCCUUUCUGUGGUAAUAAACGUUAUCCGCCAACUUCUCUUCAAAAAUCCCAAUGAACCUCCCGUUGUGUUCCACUGGUUCCCCAUCAUUGGAAGCACCAUCUCCUAUGGAAUUGACCCGUAUAAGUUCUUCCUAAGCUGCAAGGAAAAGUAUGGCGAUAUCUUCACAUUUGUUCUCCUUGGCAAAAAGACUACCGUGUUUCUUGGAACGAAAGGCAAUGAUUUCAUCUUGAACGGCAAACUCAAGGACGUUUGCGCCGAAGAGGUCUACUCACCACUCACCACACCCGUUUUCGGUAGACAUGUCGUCUACGAUUGCCCAAAUGCAAAGCUGAUGGAGCAGAAGAAGUUCGUCAAAUAUGGGUUAACCUCGGAGUCAUUACGGUCCUAUGUUACUUUAAUCACAGACGAAUUCAACCAUUACUUGGAGACGUCAUCUGCACUUAAGGGCGAAAAGGGAGUUCUUGAUGUUUGCAAGAGUAUUGCCGAGAUUACCAUCUUUACUGCUUCCCGGUCCUUGCAAGGGAAAGAAGUGAGAAGUAAAUUCGACUCCAGUUUCGCCCAGCUCUAUCAUGAUUUGGAUAUGGGGUUUACCGCGAUCAACUUCAUGCUCCCGUGGGCACCACUACCUCAUAACCGUAAGCGGGAUGCUGCUCAGCAAAAGAUGGCAAAGGUCUAUACAGAUAUCAUCCGCCAGCGACGGGAAGCCGGUUGCCAGAAAGACUCAGAAGACAUGGUCUGGAAUUUGAUGUCCUGUGUCUACAAGGAUGGAACCCCACUCCCAGAUAUCGAGAUUGCCCAUAUGAUGAUUGCCUUGUUAAUGGCGGGCCAGCACUCAUCCGCCUCCACUCUAUCAUGGAUCGUUCUCCGACUCGCGUCUUGCCCAAAGAUUGUUGAGGAACUAUAUGAGGAGCAGAAAGAGGUUCUUGGGGAGGAUCUCCCACCUGUAACCUACGAAACACUUCAGAAACUCACCCUCAACUCACACGUUAUCAGAGAGACCCUUCGCCUUCAUGCCCCGAUUCACUCCAUCCUCCGCGCCGUCAAGUCCCCAAUGCCCGUUGAUGGAACACGAUAUACAAUCCCGACCACUCACAACCUCCUCGCAGCUCCCGGAGUAACGUCAAGAUUACCCGAGUAUUUCCCAGAUCCCAUGACCUGGGAUCCUCAUCGCUGGGAGACCUCCACAAUGGAAAAGGAGGAGGAUCAAAACGAGGAGAAGCUGGAUUAUGGAUACGGUUUGAUUAGCAAAGGUGCCAACAGUCCUUACUUACCUUUUGGCUCCGGACGACAUCGGUGCAUCGGUGAACAAUUCGCAUAUGUACAGUUGGGAACUCUGCUCGUUGCGAUCGUCAGACAUCUGAAAUUGAGCAAAGUCGAAAACGAGACCGGUGUGCCAGAAACAGAUUAUUCGUCACUUUUUUCGAAACCUCUAGGAAGACCGCUUGUCGCAUGGGAGAAGAGAAAUCCCACCAAGAAAUAAAAUCACCCACUUCAUGUUUCUUACCCUAGGUUUCGUUCAUAUCGGAUUUUUGUGUUAAACUUGCCUUUUUUUUUACCUCUCUUUUAUGCCAUUCAUCCCCUUCUUUUCUCGCCCUUUCUCCACUUAGACGAGUAUAUUAUAUUAUUAUUUCCUCAUUGUAAAGGUUCAAGCAGGCUCCACAGGUAACAUUUUCGUUAGUCUAUAUAUUUGCAUCUAACAUACAUAAUAGUACAUCUAAUAAUUAAUUUUGCGAUUGUUUUGAUGUUUGAUUUUGUUGAUUGCUCUUUUCCUUUUUCCUUUUCCUUUUUUUUCUAAUUUUUUUUUUUUUUUUUUUUUUUUUUUUUUUUUUUUUUUUUUUUUUUUUUUGAAAAUGGCUUUCCCCAUUGCGUAGUUUCGUUCUCUUCCUUCAUAUUGCGUCUCCAAGCUCCAAGGGUCCCGUACUAUACAAAGAAAGGAAAAUUGUAGAUAAAUGCCAACCGUAAACACAAGAUCUAGCAGGGUUUAAAUAUAGCAUCAAGCAAAGGAACAGAAUGACUUAAUAUACAUAUUCACUCUUGAAAACAGCCCAAGUGCGGGAGAGAAAAGAAAAGUGAAAUAAACACAGAAACUCAGUUUAUGCUGAGACUUUUUUCCUCUCCUCGCUCCGCUUCUUC